AAUUUCGAGUCUCAUAGGAAAGGGUUUGAAUACUUAUGUAAAUAAGGUAUUUCUGAUUUUGAUUUUUAAUACAUUUGCAAAACCUGUUUUCACUUUGUCAUUAUGGGUUAGAUUGAUGAAGAAAACAUUUAAUUUUAAAAUAAGACUGUAACGUAACAAAAUGUGGGGGGAAAAAGACAAGGGGUCUGAAUACGUCCCGAAUGCACUGUAAGAGCAUAACCAUAGAGAACUCUAUGGUACCCCUGGUGGUCAUGCUUAGUCUUACUUUAAAUGACGCGAUGAUCUGCGACUGCGCAGAUAUAGCACGUCACACUUUCGCGAAACAGAGGAAUGUCUCCAACUAGUUAGCUGGGUACGAAUAAAAUCAUUUACGCUCAUAAUGUCGGUCUUUCACGACGAAGUUGAGAUCGAGGACUUUGAAUAUGACGAGGAUGAAGAGACAUACUAUUUUCCCUGCCCAUGUGGCGACAGAUUUGCCAUAACCAAAGAGGAUUUGGAAAAUGGUGAAGAGGUGGCGACGUGUCCGAGCUGCUCGCUCAUUGUUAAAGUAAUCUACGACAAGGAGGAAUUUAUGUCUGGGGAGAUAAUCGAAGCACCAACUACAGAGAGCAGAUUGCAACUGACUCCGUCCUCCUGACAGCGAUGACACAUCCCCUUCAUUUUCUCAUUCCCAUCAGUAAAAGUGGACCCUGCUGCAUUUGUAUGUGCUUCCACACAACACAAAGAAACAUUAUGAACGAUAUGCUUCACUGGUGAGGUCUGGGAUGGAGGAUUCUCAGGAUUCAUUCACAUGUUCCUGGCAUUGGUUUUGCAGAGUCACUUAAAGGACCCUAACCACUACAAUUUGCACAACGUAUUUAAAUAAAUCCUUUAUUCUUUUAAGUCUUUCACUCCCUUUUUUAUAAACAUGUUUAUGCAUUUUUGUGGAUGCCUCAAGAUUAAACCAGGAUGAAGUGAAUACUGUUUUUUUCCCUCUUGUUAACUGCUUGUAGUUUUUAUGUUUGAACAGCAGGGGAGGCAGAUGUUCAAGGAAAAAUACAGGCCUACUUACUGUACAUUAUACAGGGAAUACAUAGGGUGCCAUUGGGGAAAUGGGUGUAUAGACUUCUCUCUAUUCUAACCUACAGAUACUAUCCUUGGGAUUUCUGAGAUUGUUUCAAUUUAAAAGGAAUGAGCUGGUGUAAGAAAUAUGGUGGAAACUCUUUAGCCUAUGCUUAGGCCAAUCCUACGUGGUCUUACAUACCCUUUACUUGUACAUAUUUCAACAGUUUAGUGCUCUGCCAUUUGACAUGCCAUGAUUUAUAACAAAAUGAUUUGGCUCUGGUGGGUGUGUGUGAGGCAGUGACCCUCUUGACACUUACAUUUUAAUCUAUGAGUCAUACGAGAAACAUGAAUUAUUCAUAUUGGCUGGUUAUUACGAUGUGUAUGUUAUGGAUGAACAAAUGGCUGAAUUACAAUUCCCUAGUUAAAUACCCUUCUCUCCCCCUCAUGGAUAAAAAACAACAUUGGAUUGGCGUAAGCUGGAUCUUCUCUUACACCAGUCCAUUCCUUUAAAUCCGGGAAGAGUACAGAAUCGUCCCUCAGCCAAUACAAUAAAAUGACUCAUUCCAAAGACCCAUGUAACCAUAUUACAAUAUUGACUGAUACUGUGACAGCGUAGCUACUGUUUCACACCACCAGCUCUUUCACAGCAGGGCCUGACCUGUCAGAGAGAGGAGCUGUGCAUCCCAAAUGGCCCCCUAUUCCCUAUAUAGUGCACUACCUUUGACCAGAGCCCUGUGGGCCCUCUGGUCAAAAGUAGUGCACUAUGUAGGGAAUAGAGUGCCAUUUGGGACACACACAGGGAGAGAACAUGAUGGUGUCCUUCACAUGAUAUUGAAGGUCCUGCCUAUCUAUUUAUCCAAUAUCCAGUCAGCUCUGUGGCUGAUGCUGUGGUGAGGGAGGAAGCUGAGCACAAGUCAACACGUCUAACUGCAUCUCUCAUCAGGGGGGCCACAGCAAUGGCAGGCUGGCAUUGACAAAUACACCAGCACUCAGUCAGAGGAGCCUCACAGAGCAGGUCACUGCUGAGGGAGAGCGGGAGUUAGAGCACUGAGCAGUAGCGUCCAUGAUGUUUGUGUGGAUGGCAUUAUGUAUCGUUACUCCCUCACAUCUGGAGGAAAAUAGUCAUUAUUCAUGUGACGAUAAUCCUUUGUGUGAAGUGUGAUAAUCAGUCACAAACAGUCAUGAAUUGCUCUGCUGAGAGGGACAGGCAUACAAGACAAUGCAAAUGUGAUGUAAUGUGUGUACAAUAAUUGUGUUGUGCUCUGUGCUCCCUACCCUUUCCUUUUGGCAGGCGUGACGUCACAUUUCAAGGCAGUUGGUUGAGCUGGAGGUAGAGGAGGAGACGAGCAACCCAGCGAGUUGAAGGGCCUGCGAAAAAAAAAGACGUCGUUAAAAGAUAACCUAGCACAUUGGUUUUUAAAAGUCAACUUUUAGACCUCGAAAGUGAAUAUCGAAGACUACCUUUGCAAAUUCCUGACCUGAUAAUCCGAUUCAACUGGAGAAACCACCAAGGUAUGAACACAACGAAACGCUGACGAACUGAGCGCAAAGUUAUGGUUGCUUUGCUUGACGGGAGGUACAGUUGGUGAUGACUGGCAUUUGUUGGUUUUGGUUAAUGACAACAUUACGAGCAGAUUUAGAUUUUUAUUUUGAAGAUUAGAAAAUACAACAGUUAGAAUAAGGCUCGUGGAUUCGGCGCCGAGAAAGUAGAAUAGUAUUGUUGUGUUUGUCCAUGCGGUUUUCUAUCUUCUCCGUGGCUUUGUCCACGGCAGUACAAUACAAUAGCCCAUUGCCGCUUGGUAGGCUACGACGGAGAUGAGUGUUUGCGCUUUUGCUAAUAUUUUUUGCAACAUUGUAUUAGUUAUGUUUCAAACUUUAACAUUAUAUCUCUUGAAUAAUCACUCUGCUUCGAUUUUCAUUCGUGGUACAUUUGUUUACAUACUGUAGUUAGACGGUCUUGAUGAGCAACAUGUAGGCCUAUUUGCAAUGAGCAUUAAUGUUAUUUUUCUUCUCUGUAAAACGUGCUCAUACAUGCCCAGUGUAAUUGUUGAACUACACACACAAUCUAUAUAAAAUAUAAUGCAUUCUG